AUGGACGCGAGCGCUUGGUCCUCUGAAGAUUCGAGUGCAUCAAGCCUGAGCUGGGACUGGGAGGCUGUGCCUCAGUUGCCUGCCCUGGUGCCGGUCGUGCUCCGACCUCGUGCUUUCCAUCUUGGUCUGCUGCUCAGGCGCUUGCAGAGCCCGCCGUCCAUCUUCACGUACGUGUUGACUGCUACCCUGCAGGGUGUGCUGGUCAGUUUGGCAGAGGGUUCAAGGGUGCUGAUCUUUCUUCGAGAGCGGGAUUGGUAUUGCUUUUCUGCUUGUGAUCGUGGUUCAGCUCCUUCUUGGGACGUGGUUCAGCCUUCGGAGCCUUCAAUUUCAGGGGGUGUUUGGGAUCCGAAGCCUUUUGGUGAGUUUGCCCGUGAAGAGGAGUUGUUUGAUUAUGAGCCAUCUUUGGUAGAUGAAGCUGAUUGGUACAACGCAGUUCGGGAGGACAGACCUCCGUCACCAGUUCAUGAGGUGGGUGCUUUUCCGGAGAAGCCCUUAUCCUUUGAACAUCUGGGAGAGCCUUCUGUGUGCGCUGCUGAAGUAGCAGAACCGGCCAGCUCUUCGAAGAUGCGGGCUCGGCUCAGUGACGAGGCCUUUGUUAAACUGGCUGCAGAGAUGUCUUUCAAGAAGUUGAGGGCGGAGGGUCCCAAACAGGCUUGGCAGGACCACCCUGUGUUUGGAGGCGACCCGUUCACGGCAUCUUUGACCAGCUGGCUUGCCAUGACCCCCAGCGUGGGGAUUCGAGAGACAGUUAACCCUCCGGAUCCUGAUGUCGAGCUUCGCAGUGAUGAUUUUCAAGAGAUUCCUUGGACUGUGCAACGAAGGCUGCAGAGAAUCCGCAUCGUGCGUAGUGACGAAGAUGAGAGGAACCAUGCCCUAAAGAAGCUCAAGGUCAUGGUGCUCUUGGACCCUAUGGCUACGAACCUAGGGAGACACUUGAUGCUGAAAACGGGUGAGCUAGAAGACGAAGAUCUGGUGGCGGCUAGUUUUUGCGAUGCCUUCGCACAGAAGGCGGCGGGCACCCUCACCAAGAGAGCAGGGUCGUUGCACCGUCUGGUGGUCCAGCUCUUUAAGCAAGGCGUUGGAUCUCCAUGGAGGAUGGAAGAGUCCGAUUUGUAUUCGGCGCUGUCGGCCAUGCGGGACAGUGGCUGCGGUGCGUCAGCUCCUUCACAUGUUUUGGAGGCUCUGCACUUCAUGCAUGCCGUGGUACAUUUCCGGUGCAUGGAUCUCAAGGUUGUCAUUUCUGCGAGGUGCAAGGGUCUGGCUCAUUCGUCCUUCUUGGGAAAGCAGCCCCUGGUUCAGAGGGAUUCACUGAAGUGCAAACAGGCCAUGACUCUGGAGCACAUCAUGGUGAGAGCUGGAGAGGUGGAGCGCUGCGUUUUGGGUCAUGUUCUUUUCUGCCUGCAUGCGGUGUGCCGAUGGAAGGACUCACAGCGAUUGAAGGCUGUGCAUCUUCUGGGAGACGGAGAAAGCCAGCUGAUUUUCGCCGAAGCACUGGGAAGUAAAACUUCGCACAGCAAGGAGGCCAAAACCCGAUUCACGCCGUAUGCAGCUCUUGCGCAAGGCUUGACAGAGUGUGGAUGGGGAAAACUUUGGCUAGAUGCGAGGGCGAGUUGCGGCCUCACAUUUGGUGAGGGCGCUGAUGGUUUUGCUCUGCCUACAUGGUCAUUGAGGCUGGACACCUGGGGUUCGACCGAAAUGGGUUCCGCGGAAGCGACAGCUUGGAUUCAGGACUGGCUGGCAGACACUGGGGUAGAGAACCAGCGCAUCGGCACGCAUUCCUUGAAGACCACUUUGUUGACGUGGGCAGGGCGAUCGACUAUCAUAAAGCUGACCGAUGAUGAACGCUUGCUUCUGGGCCACCACGUCCUCCCGAAGGUGAAGAGCAUGGUGACCUACAGUCGGGAAGCAUACACGAGUUUGGCUGGAAAGGUUCUCGCGCUCUACCGAACCAUUCGAAGCGGGGCCUUCGACCCAGAUCUGGAUCCAGCAUCACGUGUCAUGCAGGUGGCGGAUGCUUUGGAGAAGGGAGUGCAGUCGGCCAGUACUGAGGGAGGACGGCGGCAAGUUUCGGGUUUGGAGCCACCGGUGGAGCUGGAGGCUGACUCUGAUGGUUCCGCUUCGGAGCCAGAGGAACCUGAACCUUUCGACGUCCCAGGUCCGAAGCUGGUGAGGGCUCCUUUUGCGAACGUCGACCUGGCCAAGUGUAGAAUCCAUAUGACUUCGGGCAUAGCGCACUGCUUGAGGGAGGAUGGCGUCUUCUUGUGCGGGAGGCUUUGCACCGAGAGAUACUCUUCAUAUGAGGGCGUGGGAGCUGAGGAUCCCGACGUCUGCUUGCAGUGUUCGCGCGCCAUGGGCGAGUAG